GCUCGUUGUUGUAUAGAGGCCGUGGUGCAGGGGCGCAGGGCAGUGGACGAACUAUGAUAUAACUAUGAUAUGAUAUAAUGCAGCAGUUCACUCAGUCUCUCACGGGGCGGGUCUCCUAUUUAAAUAGGGACAGAGCACUGGGCUGUACAUUCUCACUUAGUCUGGAAUUCAGACAAAGUCCAACGCCUGACCGCAGCGAGCCGCUCCUGUACUGUACCGAGGAUUCGCUGACAGUUCCCCAUGGAUGUGAAACUGGUCCCCGCUGUCCUGAUGUUGUUCUCCCUCCUGCUACCCGGGCUGGAGGCCACUCGGAGCCGGAGCCGCCGCGAACUGAGUCCCGGUUUACACCGCUCCGGGAUCCGGGACCCUCGGGGCUCUUACUGCAGCCGCCUGGCCUCCUGCUGCCCUGGCAGGGAUGAUAUGUGUGCGGUACCUUACAUCGAUACCAUCUGUUACUGCGACCUGUUCUGUAACCGCACCGUGUCUGACUGCUGCCCGGAUUUCUGGGCGUUCUGCCUGGGGACACAGCCUCCCAACAUUGGGCACGAUUGUACAAGGAAUUGGCUCCACUACCCAACAGGAGCCACAUAUAGAGAGAACUGCAACCUGUGCACUUGCAGCAACGGCCAAUGGGAUUGUGAGCAGCAUGUGUGUCUUAUCAAUCAGGAAAUGAUCCGCAAGAUCAAUCAAGGGAAUUAUGGAUGGAGGGCUUCAAACUACAGCCAGUUCUGGGGAUUGACUCUGGACGAAGGAAUCCGUUACCGAUUGGGGACCAGACGACCCUCAACCACAGUGAUGAACAUGAAUGAACUCAACAUGAAAAUGGACAGCAAUGACCUCCUUCCCAGAUACUUCAACGCAGCAGAUAAAUGGCCAGGAAUGAUCCAUGAGCCCAUGGACCAGGGCAACUGUGCAGCAUCAUGGGCAUUUUCCACAGCAGCUGUGGCAUCUGACAGGAUCUCCAUCCAAUCCAUGGGUCACAUGACAGCAGUAUUAUCACCGCAGAAUCUGAUCUCAUGCAACACACGGGACCAGCAAGGCUGUCAUGGUGGGCGGCUCGAUGGUGCCUGGUGGUACCUGAGACGGCGUGGAGUAGUGUCAGACGCCUGCUACCCAUUCUCCAACUCAGAGAGCCAGCAGCUCAGUAACCCGUGUAUGAUGUCCACCCGGUCAGCUGGCCGUGGCAAGAGGCAGGCAACGAUGCCCUGUCCCAAUCCCUACACCCACACCAACCACAUCUACCAAUCCACUCCACCCUACCGUCUCUCCAAUAAUGACAAGGAAAUAAUGAAAGAACUGCUGGAGAAUGGGCCAGUACAAGCAUUGAUGGAGGUCCAUGAAGAUUUCUUCGUGUACAGAAGCGGAGUUUACAGACACACACCAGUGAUGGCUGAAAGACCAGACAAAUUCCGUGGGCACGGGACACACUCGGUUAGAAUCACAGGGUGGGGUGAAGAGCAAGGAUAUGAUGGACAGAUUCGCAGAUACUGGAUUGCUGCCAACUCCUGGGGCAGGGGCUGGGGUGAGAAUGGUUACUUCAAGAUAGCUCGGGGUGAGAAUGAGUGCGACAUUGAAACCUUCAUCCUUGGUAGCUGGGGACGAGUGACCAUGGAGGACAUGCAUCACAAAUGAGGCCCCCAGCAACCUGGCUGUGACACAGGAGACAGUGAACGCCGAAUUUGGAGGAAACUCCUUUCAUCAAGUUCCCCCUUUUCCUCAGUCUGCACUGCUCUUUGUAUUCAACAAAGCAGCAGUGUUAAAUGGAUUUUCAUCAGCAUGACAGAUUAUAUCUGAAAUCACACAUCAGGAUAAAGCCAGUGCCUUAGCCAGAGGACUUCACUUGUUGUGAGAGAAGCUCAUUACUUUGUGGACAUACUCCAGGGAACACCGUAACACAGUAAUAAUGAACAACAAGAUGUGAAUCAAUGAGUGUCACAGGAGCUGGUGUAACAGGGCAAUGGAAGAGGGCCACUGGUAACCCUGGCAACUGACAACCAGCACAACAACACAGGAAGUUUUGUCAAUCAAUAAUGCCGUACCAUCCAUGAGAGCCACAAGUGUCGCAUGUAUAGACCCUCUUUUCUCCUUGGGAGCUUUCGUUGGACCCUGUUAACAAUGGGAGAUUCUCACUGGUUUUGGGGCGUGGCACAAUGCAAUGGAAGCCAUAAGGAAUGCUGGGAAAUAGUGAGGGUACCCAAAUGGUCACUUCCUCUGAUGGUAACCUCACUCUCAGAUUCAGAUCUGGAAUUUGUACUUUGUUCACACUCGUGAGCAGUUACUAUACCUUUGGCAUUUGAUAUAACCAUGUUACACUGAGAAAUGGGCCCAAAUACCAACAGUAUCUUGCGCAUGUGCGUACAUAAUUACCAAAUAUUUUUACUGAUUCAGGGAAAGGUAUGAUUGACACUAAGAUAAAAGCAAAAUACUGCAGAUGCUGGAACUCUGAAACAAAAAUGCUGGAAAAGCUCGGCAGGUCUGGCAGCAUCUGUGGAGAGAGAAACCGGGUUAAUGUUUGGCGUCUGUAUGACCCUCCUUCAGAGUUUUUCCAGCAGUUUCUGUUUGGAUAUGAUUUUCGUAUCAGGUAGAGGUGAAAAAUGGCAGAAUUCACAGUUCCAUUCAGCACUUAGUGAACAAUCUUCAAAUUCGAGCCAAGCUAUUCAGGAGCAAAAUCAAGAACACAUUCUCACCUGAAGGCAAGUGGGAAUCUAGAACUUGCCCCUCCAAAAAGGCUCUGGAUUCUGUGGAAGCCAAGACUGACAUCAAAUAGAUUUUUAAAAUAAAAACAAAGUGCUGGAAAAAUUCAGCAGGUCUGGCAGCACCUGUGGAGAGAAACAGAAUUCACGUUUCAAGUCGAAUAUGUCUCUUCAUUCUAAUUGAAUGGCAGAAUGGGCUCAAGAGGGUUGAAUGACCUCCUCCUGUUCCUGUGUAACAGGUUUGACAGGCUGAAUGGCCUCCUCUUGUUCCUGUGUAACAGGCUUGAGAGGGGCUGA